GAGAGAAAGGCCGAGCAGCUGAGAGGCGUUUGUUUGUGAUCAGUGUGAAACCUGGACACAAAGGAGACGCUGCUGUUCAUCAGUGUGUUCAGACCCUCAGAGGAGUGAGAUGUCUCUGCCGUCUGUCUGCAGGAUCUUUGUCCGGCUGCUCGCAGCUGUACUGCUGAUGUCAGCGUGUUGCGUUCAGGGUCUGGGUGUGGACGUGUCUCCCAAAAGGCCUCUGUUGAGACUCGGGGAGCGUCAGCAGCUGGUGUGCCACGUUCAGCAAUGUCCUGAGAUGCCGAUCGUGUCUUGGUCCCUGAUGGGGGACCGGCCUCUGACCGCCUCCGUCAGCACCAACAGGACUCACUCCGUGGUGACCUUUGACCCCGUGAUGAUGGAGCAUGAGGGACUCCUGCUGUGUAAAGUCAGCUGUGGAGGAGAGAACAGGCAGAUUAAAACCUCGGUGCAGGUUUACUCCUUCCCGUCAGGUCCUGUGAUCACAGGUCAGGACCACCUGAGACUGGGGGUGGAGUCCACCCUGACCUGCCAGGUGUCUCAAGUUUACCCCGCCGAGCUGCUGACCUUCUCCUGGAUCAGAGGAGACGUCGUCCUGCCGAGCAGUGUGGGAAAUCCUGUUUCCAGCUCAGUCCAAUCUGAAUACAGAUUCACCCCUCUGAACCAGGACUCGGGACGAAACAUCAGCUGCAGGGCCACGCUGGAACUGCUGAACCUGCCUGCUGAGGACAGGACCAGAGAGACCACCGUCCCCCUAAACCCGCUCUACGCUCCCGUCGUCACGGUGAUGCCAGACUCUGUGUUGGUGAUGGCCGGCUCGCCGCUCACUCUCGACUGUUCUGCGGAGGGAAACCCCGAGCCGAGCGUCACCUGGAGCUUCCGGACGGCGGGCGGGCGGUCCUUGCCACGGGGUCGAGGCCGUCAGCUGGUCUUUCCGGCGGUGAGUCUGUCUGAGGCCGGAUGGUACGACUGUGAGGCCCAAAACGCAGAAGGAAACCAGACCGCCGCCGUGGAGGUCAUCGUUCACGCUCCGCCCACCAACACCUCCAUCUCAGUGAGUCCAGGUGAGGAGGUGGUGGAGGGUCAGCAGGUGACGGUUACCUGCCGCUCAGACGGAGCUCCGCCCGCCACGCUGGUGCUGAGGAGGGAGGGGGCGGAGCUUCAGAGGGCCGCCUCCUCCUCGCUCUCCUUCAGCCUCUCCUCCGCCCUGCUGGAAGACUCCGCCCACUACCAGUGCGAAGCGUCCAACCAGUACGGGUCCCAGAGGGUCAACAGCUCCAUCACCGUCAGAGGUCACCCUCUGCAGGUGGAGGUGAGUCCUCCGGUCUCAGCAGCAGAGCGGGGUUCAGGUCUGGUCCUGACCUGCAGAGCCUCCGGGUGUCUCCAACCCCCCUCCCUCACCUGGACUACAGCCCGGGACCGGACCGUCCUCCAGAGGACGCAGCAGCAGGACGGACUGUCCCGGCUCCACCUGCAGGACCUGGACCUCCAGGAUCAGGGAGGAUACAGCUGCGAGGCCGAGUGCGACUCCGUCAUCAGGACCGGAAACAGCCAGGUCCACGUCCACUCGUUUCCGUCUGAUCCGGUUCUGGAGGAUCCUGGUCCUGUCCUGCUGGGUCAGGAGGCGGUCCUUCACUGUGAUGUCAGCAACGUCUUCUCAGCCAAUCAGAUGAGGAUCCGGUGGCUGUCGGGGAACGCGACGCUGAGGUCGGAGUCCUUCAGCUUCUCCGGUUCCUUGCGGAACGUCUCGUCUGUUCUUCGGCACCGGGUCGAGGAGGAGCAGCUGGUCCUGACCUGCGGCGCCGAGCUGCUGAGGGAGGAAGGAGACGUGUGGAGGUCCAGGAGGACCAGCGUCCCCCUGCAGGUCCACUAUCCUCCGAGGGGAACCUCCAUCUCAGUGAGUCCAGGUGAGGAGGUGGUGGAGGGUCAGCAGGUGACGGUUACCUGCCGCUCAGACGGAGCUCCGCCCGCCACGCUGGUGCUGAGGAGGGAGGGGGCGGAGCUUCAGAGGGCCGCCUCCUCCUCGCUCUCCUUCAGCCUCUCCUCCGCCCUGCUGGAAGACUCCGCCCACUACCAGUGCGAAGCGUCCAACCAGUACGGGUCCCAGAGGGUCAACAGCUCCAUCACCGUCAGAGCUCCUCCGAGGAACACCACGGUCCUCAUCCUGCCGUCUUCGGUGGUCCAGGAGGGACAGAAUGUCACCGUGUGCUGCCAAACCAUCAGCUUCCCGCCGGCAGCCGUGGUGCUGAAGAAGCUGACCAAUGGGACGGAGCUGUACUCCCCCAACGGCACCUUUCUAUUGGUCAACGUCACAGCCAGAGACUCUGGGCUUUACCAGGUCAACGUGACCAACGACCUCGGGUACCAGGUCCAAGUCUUCAGCAUCAGCGUCAGAGAGAGGAGCACCCACCGUCCCCCCAGCCUCGGCGCCAUCGCCGUCCCAGUCUUCUGCGUUGCCGCCGGGCUAGCGGCUGCUGCGCUGCUCCUGGACUACCUGAGGAGAUCCAGGAAGAAAGGCUUCUAUCAGCUGCCGCAGUCUGCGCCUCCGUCAGCCUGACGCGGACCCUGGGCUACCGCCGUCCCCCAUGUGGCUACCAUGUUCUAAUACGUGGCUUUGAUAUACAACAUGUGGCUUUCACGUCUCAGUGUGCGGCUACCGCUUCCUAAUGUGCAGCUACCGAGUCCUGACACAUGGCUGUGCUAUGCUAACACGUGGCUACCACCUCCCAGCUCGCGGCUGCUAAUUUGCAAGACGUGAGUGACAUGUGAACAGCUGACUGCUGCACCC